ACUAGGGGUAUUGCCGGGGGGGUCCGCCCCUCUAGCGGCACUCCCAGCUCCUCCAGAUCCAGCCCCAUCCGCAUCGGCUGGUCCUAUGGUGGUUUUCCUGGUGCGGGCUCAGCCCCACCUUCAGCAAGUGGUGGCUGUUCCACCCCCCCCGGCCCCUCCAUCCAUCGUCACUGCGAGGCACACGGUCUCCGCUGGGCCGGAUACGGACAUGGGGGUACUGCCAGUUGCUCAUGAGCGUGGGGAUGCUCAGCCCCCCUGCGUGGUCCCACCCGCUGUCAUGCAUGUGGUGGGGACCUUGUCGGAAAGAAUGGACCGGCUCUCAAACUCGUUGGACGCUCUGUCCGCUCAGCUUGGGGGGUCUGCUCCAGGAUUGGAAGCCAAGGACCAGGAGAUGACUGACGCUGCUGGCGAUGAGGCAAGUUCGCCGCUUGUCGAACCACCGGUAGGGGAAGUUCAAGCUCCGGUCGCAGGACCCCGCGGUGAAGGCCAAGGGGAAGGCCAAGAGGAAAGGCAUUGUGGAGAAGGGGAAGGGCGCCAUCCCCCCCCUCGCUCCCGGCCUGGAAAAGCCUAAAGCUAUUGGUUCUGGCGCGCCAGCAUCGGACCAGCAACCUGACGACUCGACAUCUUCGUCGAACCCACCCGACGGGACUUCAGCCCCGGACGCAACGCGGGACUCGCCAACUGCGCUUGCUGAAGGGGUUAAGUCCCAGAAGAAGAAGGGCAAGGCCAAGAAAAAGAAGAAGUCUCGGACUGCGGCUCCUUCGGCUUCGACAGCCACUGCAUCUUCGGGCGCGGCUCCUGCUACGCCUCCAGUUCAAACGUCUCCAGUUACCCCACAGCAGGAGUCUCCGGUAGCCGCGACUCCGGUGGUGGCGACAGGGGCUCCGACACCUGCUCCGGGCCCAUCUCGCCCACGUUUGAAUGCUCGGGCAGGGGAAGCAAAGGAUACGGGUCGUGAUGGCAAAUGGGAGGUCGGCCCCCAGGAUCGGUCCCAGGCCGGAGUUCGGAAAACUGCUCAGGUUAAGCAGCCACGUUUCGCCGAUUCAGGAUCAGAGGACGGGUCUGCAUCUUCCCACGGAGGCGUCGCCUCCGCCUUAGACCAGACGGAUUCUAGUGCCAUCAGCCAGGGAGGCCAAGCAACCCUCCCUAAGGGGUUUCUCUGCAAUAUCUGCGGCAACAAGUUCUGGUCCCGCAGGACGCGCAACAACCAUACGUAUCGCAAGAAUGGCUGUGCCGCGCGUGACGCCGUUCACGAGGCGGAGUUACGUGACAUGACUAAGGCGGAACUCCGGAAGGCUGAUGUCCCACCGGAGGUCGAGUUUGGUGAUGCCUACUAGGAGUCCGCCAUGCAGCUGGACUGGUCACUUUUCGUCAGGGAGAAGGGAGCGAUGCUGCCGGUUCUGCGUCAUAUCCCCUUUCGGCGUCGCGCCCUCACAGUGGCAUGUGUUCGGCCAUUACUACGGAAGCUGAAGGAGGACCCAAAGCAUCUCGCGGCGGGUACCCUCUUGGGUGUGUUCCCUCAGCUGUGCUUGUCUACUGCAGCUAUUUUUGGCGAUGUUGGACACUGGAAGCAGGUGCGGGGUUUGCUGCACCUCUUCAAACGAGGGGAGUGGUCGACCUUGUACGAGAGGGGGUUGGCGUCCAUCAACACAGUUGCUAGCCGUGUCCGGACUAGUCGGGCUGGGACCGGCCCUGAGGAUGCGCGGACUCGUCGGAGCAUUCAGUUUGCCCAGAUUGCGGAGCUGUCGCGAGCAGCAGAGGCGCUGGUGGCCGCGGAGCUUGCACCAGCGACAAAGGAGACACUUUUGGCCCUGGAGGCCAAGCAUCCAGACUCCAACCUUCCACGGAUCGAUGAGGAAGGGAAGUGCAUCCUCGCGUCUCCGGCCAAGCCAACAAAAUGGACCCUGAAGACGAAGGUCCUUCUCCGGGCCCUUCGCGAAAGCCCACGAGGGUCAGCAGGAGGACCGACGGGGUGGCGCAUGGACUUCCUCCGCGAGAUGUUCACCCACCCAGAUGACAUCAGGCUUCUAGGAGGGUGGCUUCAGCACGCGGCGCGAGGGGAGGUCGGUCCGGGGAUCGCCACUUUGUGGACUGCAAGCACGCUGGUGGCGCUCGCUAAACCAGGGGGAGGUGUUCGUCCUAUUGCAGUCGGCGAGGUGUUCCCCCACCUCGUGGCACGGUGCUUCUCCAUCGAUUUCCAUGACGUUAUCACACGGCAUCUGCAACCCAAGGGGCAGUUCGGGGCAGGGGCUCGUUUUGGUGGCGAGACCAUGAUUCAUGGGAUCCGUGCAGGGCGGCGAGCCAACCCCGAGUGGGUGAUACUGCAGAUCGAUGUCGCCAACGCCUUUAAUACAAUCUGCCGCAUAGUUUUGUUCGACGAACUGGUCAAGGGGCCGUUUGCACCAAUGGUCCCCUUCCUGCUUUCACUGUAUGGAGCGCCAUCUUCGUUGCUUUAUCGAGCAGACACAACACGGCACACCCUAUGGUCACGGACGGGGGUGCGGCAGGGGGACCCGUUGGGUUCCUUCCUCUACGCUCUGGCGCAGCAGCCGGCCUUGGAGCGCAUGAAGGCGCAGCACCUGGAUGUCUUCGUGGUCAGCUAUGCCGACGAUACCUAUGUGAUGGGGGAUAUCAAGGCGGUGGGCAAGGCCUACACGACGCUGCAGAGCGAGUUGGAGUGUUCUGGCAUGCAGACUUCGGUGGUGAAGUGCGAGUGGUAUUCGCCGAGCGGGCCUCAGCCGACGCAGGGCAACCCGCUCUACAGCAUGGAGGAGGUUAAGGAUGGACUUGUGGUGGUGGGGUCCCCGGUUGGCGGUUCCGCUUUUGUCGAGGCAGCAGUCAAGGCGAAACGGGGGUCUGACGAGCCGGUCUUGGCGGCAUUGCCAGGUAUCGGCGACGCUCAGACAGCCUCCAGGAUUCUUGCGGGAUCAGUUUUGGCGCGGUCAAACUUCAUUUGCCGCACUACACCGCCGACCCCUAAGCUCUUGGAGGCACUUAAGGCCUGGGAUACCUCUCUCGUCACGUGCUUCUCUAAAAUUCUUGAUGAUGAGUCCCUGAUGACUGGCGGCAAGGUUAACGAGGCGGCGCGACUCCAGAUCUCCCUACCGGAGCGGUUGGGUGGCUUCGGGAUACAGUCGGCGGCGCGGAUGGCGGACUUGGCUUACGUGGUCAGCCUGCUGAGCGUUGCGGGUAACCUGUGGUCCUUCUUUCAGAUUGGUGGCAAGAGCAUCCUGGCGAGUUUUCCAAAGAGGAUGUGUUCCCACCGGUCUUUGAGGAGGCUGGAGCGGCAUUGUCGCGUCUACCAGAGGAGUUCCGGAAGAAACUCCCAUCGUGGCAUGAGGUGGGGGAGAAGGCCCUGGAGGGUGGCACCUUCACGGUUCUGGCUCGUGAGCUUCAGAUUACGGUGAUGCGGGAGGUCCGACAUAUGCUACGCCGACCAAAGCACAAGGCCCGCUUGACGAGUCUUCAACUUCUAAAUGCAGGUGCUUGGGUGACAGCUCUGCCCUCGCGACCCGAUCUCCGCAUGUCCAGCGACGACUGGGCGAUUGCUGCAAAUCUUCGUUUGGGGCGGGACAUCCCGCACGUGCUGCAAACGGAGAAAUGCUCCUGUGGCGCAAAGUUCUCGGAAGUGUACGCACCUGGCCACGCUCUUCGAUGCGCGACCGGAUACGUCCCGUCCAUCGCGCAUGAUGCGAUCGUCAACUGCACGGCCCUUCUUUGCCGGGAGUUGGGAUGCGCACAACUGUAGAGGACAAGGCCGUUUUCGGCACGGGAACGAUACCAGAUGUGGUCAGUUACCAUGCGGAGAGCGGCAAGACCUGGAUCAUGGAUGUGGUUGUGGCAGAUCCCCACAACAACAACGCCAACUGUCCGGGGACAAAGCCGGGGGCUGCCUUGCUGGAAGCGUGUCGACGGAAGAGGGCCACUUACGCUAAGGCGGUGGCUGAGGGAGGGACGACGGUGGCAGCGACUACCAAGGUCAUCCCGCUGGCAAUGGUGAUCUAUGGGGGAAUGUCGGCGAGCUUCAAGGAGUGUAUUCCGGACAUUGCGGCAACUACAUCCAAGCGUAUCGGCAGGCAGUCAGGCAAUCUGACUGACCUAAAGUCCACCCUCGGCCGGAGCAUUGCUCAAUGCAUUGGUGUGACGCAGCAGCGGUCCCAGGCUGUUCUUAUCCGUCAUCGCCUCAACCUGGCUGAAAAAGCCAAAGGGCAGCCUGGCAUCAUCCCUGGAGAGCGUUCCUUUGAGUGGUCGGGCAACCAUGCGCCUGCCCCAUGUGAUAUUGUGACGGGUGGUGCUGAAUUCUAAAAAUGUAUCUCUUGUUAUCUAAUAAAGGCUGUAGAUAGGUUAGGACAAUUUACCUUCUUUGUAUGUGAUCUCUAUUAUAAACCCAUGUAUGCAUG